CCCCGCCCGGCAAGAUGGCGGCGCCCAGGAGCGCGGGCGAGGCGGCGGAAGCGGGCCUGGAGUCGGUGUUCCCUCAGGAGCUGGGCCUGUUCGCGGAGGCCUUCCCGGCGGAGGCGCGUUACCGGCUCUGCGGGCACGAGCUGAGCAUCGCCCAGCACCACGGGGGCCGCCUGGGGGUGGCUGCACCCGUUUGGGAGGCGGCUUUAACCCUCUGUGAAUAUUUUGAGGCUGAGAAGCUGAACUUUUGGGGCAAGAAGGUUAUAGAACUAGGUGCUGGGACAGGCGUAGUGGGCAUCGUGGCUUCUCUCCUAGGAGGUGAUGUAACUAUCACAGAUCUUCCUGUGGCCUUAAAGCAGAUAGAGGAGAAUAUCCACCGGAACUUGCCUGUGAAGUGUUUGGGUCGAACCAGAGUUUGUGCUCUAUCAUGGGGUGUGGACCACACCAUGUUCCCUCAAAAUUAUGACUUCAUUUUGGGUGCAGACAUAGUCUAUCUCAAGGACACAUUCCCCUUGUUGAUCAGGACGCUCCAGCACCUAUCUAGUGUGCAGUCCACUAUCUAUCUGUCUUCCAAAAUGAGGCAAGAACAUAGUACUGCGUUGUUCUUUGAGACUCUGCUACCCAUGCACUUCACCUCAGAACUGGCCUUCAGAGAUGAGACUGAGAAUAUUAACAUCUACAAAGUGACCAGCAAAAGUCAUACAGGGCAGUGAGUUUGCCAGUUCACCAUAGACAAUGUGACAAAACACUACUUUCUCCACCUCUUUUUAAAAAAAUGAAAAUCCAGAAAUCUUACUGAGUGAGUCACCAGUUCAUGGGAGCUGCUCUUGAAGGUUUCUGCUCACCAGAGACUAACUUUUCUAAUAAUUACUUUCCAAGUUGACUCUUACAGUACAAUACAUUCCCUAGUCACUGCAAGAGAAAGAAAGAUUGUAUCUUAGAAGUGACAAAGCUGACGGAUGUGUGCUCAGUGUUUCUUACCAUGUCAAACCACCACCAACACAGCAAACUUGCAGAUACAGACCAAUUUAUGGAAUUAGGUUACUGAAUACUUCAAAUAAUUACUGAUAAUGUUCAGAAGAAAGGAUUAAGAGAAAAGUUGUAACAAGUUCUCAAAAUAUACAAAGAGUAAAAGGAAACCAAAUACAUUGUCCAGCAGCUGUGCAGGUUGUAAUUAGCUGCUCUUGUUAGAGACAAUCUUGAGCUCUUUUGUCCAAUGUUUGUUUACAAAGCUCUCAGGUAAUUAUGAAGUUCUCAAGUAAUUGGGACCACAGGCAAUGAAAUCCACAAAAUGGAGAUAUAUAAUUGGGCCAAAUACAAAUCAGAGAACUUGUCACACUUUGUAGUCUCUCCAGUAAAUCUAUCCAUUUUGUGGAUUUGGAUUUUGUUUUAUUUUUCUACAUAGCCAACACGUAUCUGUUGGAGUUUGGUUCUAGGACCCUGCUGACUUUCUCCCGUGGAUACCAAAAUCUAAAUGCUCAAGUCCCAUUAUAUACAAUGGUGUAGUAAAAUGGCAUAUCCAGUAUAAAAAGUAAAUGACUUAAGUGCCAGAGAGAGCCUGGGGAUCUGUAAAAUGGCAGGAAGCUAUAAUUAUACGUUUUUUUGGAGCUGACUACCUGAAUUAAAAAACUCUAAAAUCAGGACAGUAAAUAAAGAGCAACACUCAAAAACAGGGGAAUUCCUCACAUAAAACAAUCAGGGCCAGCUAAUGCCUCCCAACAAAGGAUCCCCCAGGCAGUAAGAAGCCAGACCUUGAAGCUGCAAGGCCAUUCAGUGCUAAUCAAGGUGGCCAAUUGCAACAUUCACGCCUGCUUCAAGCAGACAAGAGUUCUCUCUCCCGCCCUGGACAUUCCACAUAUAUAUAUACCUCACUUGUCCUUGUUUCCCACAGACAUCACAACCUCUGAGGAUACUUGCCAUAGAUGCAGGCGAAACAUCAGGAAAGAAUGCUUCUGGAACAUGGCCAUACAGCCUAGAAAACUCACAACAACCCAGCACAAUAAAUUGUUACCAAAGUGCACAAAAUGACACCAUGAUGCCUUUUCUCCCUUUGAGAGAUGCUUUUUUAAUAUAUACUUUCUAUUGUAAUUUUUAUAAGCUCAGCAUUAAACUAUUUACCUAUGCAUUCCUUUUUUCAUUAUAAUGUGUCAUCUCAUUCUUUUAGACUCCUAAGUUUCUGUUCACUAUGAUAUCUAAAAAUAACUGCAUGUGAAUGUCCCAAGUGCUGUUUUAUUCCACAUGUUCAUUACAAAAGCUGUUGCAAGUAAAA